AUGGCGUGGCUGCCUUUCGGACAUGAAUUGGUUGAUCCUAAAGGGUUCCUGAGAAGCUGGAACAACAGUGGUAUUGGAGCUUGUUCGGGUGGCUUGGCCGGGAUUAAAUGUGCUCGGCGACUAGUAAUUGUAAUCCAGCUUCCCUGGAAAGGUCUAGGUGGUCGAGUAACUGAAAAAAUUGGGCAGCUUCAAGCUCUCAGAAAGCUUAGCCUCCACAAUAAUGCAAUUGGUGGUGCAAUUCCUUCCUCGUUGGGGCUUUUGCCUAACCUCAGAGGUGUUCAAUUAUUCAAUAAUCGAUUUUCUGGUUCAAUCCCACCUACACUUGGUUUGAGUCCCCUUCUUCAAUCACUAGAUUUCUGUAACAACUCCCUCUCUGGAACUAUUCCGGCUACUCUUGCCAAUUCAACCAGGCUCUUUAGGCUUAAUUUUAGCUACAACUCUUUGUCUGGUUCAAUUCCCACCAGCCUUACUCAAUCGCAAUCGCUGAUUUUUCUUGCUCUAGAGCACAACAAUCUCUCUGGUUCCAUUCCUGACUCUUGGGGUGGAAAUGUGAAGGCCCAAAUUCCUGCAGCUGUAAACAAACUACAGAAACUAUCUGUUCUCAACUUGAGAAAUAACCAAUUUGCUGGUCCUAUUCCAGCAACAGUUGGGAACAUUUCUUUCCUGACACAAGUUGAUUUAUCUCAAAACAAGUUUAGUGGAGAGAUUCCAGCAUCUAUAGGUGAUUUACCUAAUCUUAGUUCCUUUAAUGUGUCUUACAACAAUCUGUCCGGUCCUGUUCCAACUAAGCUUGCUCAAAAGUUCAAUGCAAGCGCCUUCGUGGGCAAUCUUGAGCUAUGCGGAUACAGUGCAUUAACCCAAUGUCCAAUACCACCCUCUCUGGGCCCAUCAACUCCACCAGAAUCUCCAGCAAAGAAACAUCAUAGACUGAGCACUAAAGACAUUAUUCUCAUCGCAGCUGGGGCUCUCCUCAUCUCCGGAGAAAAAGGCACUCCUCCAACUGCAGGUGAAGUUGAAGCAGCUGGAGAAGCAGGAGGAAAGAUUGUCCACUUUGAUGGACCCAUGGUUUUUACAGCAGACGAUCUGUUGUGUGCCACAGCAGAGAUCAUGGGUAAGAGCACUUAUGGAACAGUAUAUAAGGCAGCAUUGGAGGGCAGUGUUGCUGCAGUGAAGAGAUUGAGAGAGAAGAUUACAAAAGGACAAAGGGAAUUUGAAACUGAGGUUAAUAUACUGGGGAAGAUCAGGCAUCCAAACCUUUUAGCGAUGAGGGCUUAUUAUUUAGGUCCGAAAGGUGAAAACUUCUCCGUAGAUCUUCUCCCUUUUUCCUUUCACUCUUUGAUAGCUUGA